GUUUCUUUUAUUGUUCUGUAGAAUAACAGAUUAUAAGUGCCAGUUGGAAGCUGCACUGUUGGAGCUUGAAGACUUGAAGAAAGAUAGGACACGUCAAGCUGAAAUGGUUGAGACAAUUGUUCAACAGAGGGACAUGUAUCGUUCCUUGGUUGCUCAGUAUCAAGGAAAACCCCUGUCUGUUAUAGAAAGUCCGAAAGAAAAGCAAACUCCAACACAAGUUGGAGCUACUUCUUUCCACUCACCUAAAGAAGAUGUAAAGUUGGCAGAGAUGAAAGCUGAAUUGAAAAGGCUUCAAGAAGAAUAUGAGAAUUACAGAAAAGAAAAAUCUGAAACUAUCAGAUUUGUCAAUGAUCAGCUUAAUAGGUUUCGAGAAGAAAACUCAGACAUGAGGGUGAAGAAUACGAAGUUGACAUCUCAG